UGUGUGGCAACCAGCUGCUUUUGCUCGCUGGAUGUUCGACUCAACGCACGCGUUCCCUUGCCAACCGACGAACAAAUUAUGCUGUUGCCGCAGCCACUGACUACCAACAACUCUCUGACGCCACUAGCACCACCGCCAACGCCAGAACCACCGACAACGUCACCGCCGUCGUCAUAGUCAUCGUCGGCGCUGCAUGCCAUUGCCUUUGCUCUUUACUGCUCCGGUGCUCUGUUUAUUGGUGGCCCAUGUCGGACACUUGGCUCGACUUGCUGUGCUGCCGAGGAAAUUCAGUCAUUACAGACGCGCGCGCUAAGAAGGUUCGUUACAUACGGAUAUUUACUGUUAGAGAGUUAAAAAUUUUCAUUUUCAAUAUACUUGUAAAUACUGUGUAAAAAAAGGUAUAAAAAAUUUACACGUGUAUUUGUGCGUUGUCGUUUGACAUGGACCAUAGUUAAUCGCCGUUGAUUGACAGUUCGCCAAUUUGAAAUCGAAAGUGUUCUUCGCAACCAUUGACACAUUGCGCGUUGGCUAUAAUUAACGGUUACACUGGUUAACGGAGCCGUAUUUGUUAAAUGAAAAUAUUUUUGGAAAUACAAAAUAUAACGGUAAAACAUAACACCUUUAAAGGGGAGUUAGUGAAUGAUUUAGUUAAAAAAUGCAAAAUUUUAAUGAGAUUCCAAUCUACACAUGUAUGUACAAAUCUCCGACCCAAUUUUGGCUUUAAAUAAAAUGUUUUGAGUUCUUGCCUCACAGCAUAAACCGUUAAAGUGAUUUUAUUGUCAAAAACGGAGACAACAUAAAAGCAAACAAACGUAAACUAACAUUGUCGUUCUCUUAAAUUUAAACUUAACGGUAAAUGUGUGCUUUUUAAUCGUGUGAAUAACAGUUAAGGCCAAGGACCCAAAAAACUAAAUUUUGAAACAGCUUGGUCAUUAUCAAUAAUCGCAAGGCUUCUAAAAGGCUUGGUAAUUUUUUGAUUUUUCAGUGUCACGACACCAACGGAUUUUUCGUCCUCUUGGUAUGCUAUCAAAGUAGUUACAACAAAAUUGUCUGAAUUCAUAAUUGAGGCGAUUUCAGCACAACACAGACUAUUUUCGUAAGUUCUACAAAUAAACACUCACAAUGUGGCACUGGCUGGAAAUUACAUUGAUAUUCCUCAUCUUUCAAGAUUACACACAAAGUUUGCGGCUGGUCGAAGUGCGAAUACCAAAUUACGUGGUUAAGGGCUCAUCAGCACAACUGGAAUGCCUCUAUGAUUUGGACGGCGAGUCGCUGUACUCGGUGAAGUGGUACAAGGACGGCAACGAAUUCUAUCGAUACGUGCCACGAGACAUGCCACCAGCACAAACGUUUCUGCUGCCAGGUGUAGCAGUUGAGCUUCACAAUUCCAGCGAUGCCAUAGUUACGCUACAUAAUGUCAACCUACAGUCGGCGGGUCGUUUCCGCUGCGAAGUUUCCGGCGAGGCGCCUUCUUUUCAGACAGUCACUGAACAUGGUGAUAUGGUUGUGGUCUCUCUACCUGAUCAGGGUCCACCGAAAAUUACUGGUGGUCGUCCACGCUACCAAGUCGGCGACUGGGUGCGCGUAAACUGUACAGUUGGCCGCUCAAAGCCUGCCGUUGAUCUGUCAUGGUUCGUUAAUGGGGAACCAGUUGAACCGCGGACUUUGCGCAAAUAUCCCUCGGUCAUAUCUGGACGUGAAGGCUUGGAAACUUCCAUCUUAGGCUUACAGUUUCGGGUUGAACAGCAUCAUUUUCGAAACAGCGAUAUGAAACUAAAGUGCGUUGCAUCGCUGUCCACCUUGUAUUGGCGCAGCAACGAAGAGUCCGUCGAGGGCGAUCGCCCACAAAAAGCGCCCGUCUUAGAGUCGCGCGAAACCGUUUACGCCAGCAAUUCGCGCGCCGAUCCAGUGCAAGGUAUGUCACUCCGGGAAAUAUUUGUUACCAAAAUCUUAUCGUUUUUCAUUCAACCAAAUGCAGCCAGCAAAACGGACUCACACCUAGUGGCGCAUGCGCCCAGUUUGUUGCUGUUGCUGCUGGUGGCGACGGCCAUUGCCAGCGGCUGCCACGAACAAUUGCACCUGUGGCAGCAGUUGUUCACCAAGCAGCCUACGAGGCGCCUGCAUGACAAUUGUAAGCAAAAGCACCAACAACAAAAACGAAAAGACAUCGAACAAGGCGCGCAACAAAAAAAGGAACAAGCAACAGCGCAGCAAGAGCGGCAUGAGCAGCAACAACGAAAGACAGAUAAGCAAUUAAUGCAAUGGCAGCAGCAGCAGAAACAGCUUGUAAAACGAAUUGUUACCGGCGAAAUCAAUCAGUUGAUGAGCACAGAAUACCAAACUAUAAUGCCACUGUUCCAAUACCAGCAGCAGCAGCAACAAAAAAACAACCAAUACUGGCAACAACAAUCAGCGGAGAAUCAAGUGUGCCGACAGCAUUGGCAUGUUAAUGAGAACAAUGAAGGCGUGGUACGGAAGUGCAAAAGCGCGCCCGAAUUAAAAUUUGUUAAUUUUUAUGCGGAAAUGCUUCCGGCAUUGACAGCAUUGACAACAACAUCCGCUGCAGCGACAUAUGCCACUUUCGCCGUUGCUCAUUGCGGCGCUGAUGACGUUGCUGCGGAUGCCGCCGAUGUUGUCACAGCUGUCGCCGCGGCAUUGCCAAUUAAACGAUUGCUGGCUGUGAGGUAACUGCGCUGCGCAGCGGUGAAAGAAGUGUAAGCGAAAAGAAACUCUACCAUAACUGGACUGUCGUGUCGCAAUGCUGCAGGAUAACGAGCCAUGCAACUGAACUAUUGGCCAAAUACAAGAACAAGCGAAAGAAGGACAAAAAUGAAAAGUGUAAAUUUAAUUUCAAUAAAUUCGAAGGCCGUCAGUCGAAUGGUAUUACUGCCGAUGACGCUUUGGAUUGAACAACUACAGAUGCGGCAAAAAAGUGAAAACUUCGUUUAAAACCAAUUUGCUUAAAUAAAAUGCAGUAACUGAAAAACCAACAAAUUAAUUAUUUAAAGCAAAAAUUUUCCAAAAAAGUGAAAUUACAUAAAUUAAAAACAUAAUGUGGGGGAGAAUGAAAUCAAAACUACAAGCUUUUGUGUUGAUAGUUUAGGUGUACCUGUGUGUGUGAGUGAAUGUGAUAUAAGUGUUUGUGGGUUCGUAAGCAUGUAAGAACCAUUCGAAAACAGUUAGAAACAGUGAAAAUACUUACUUAUAAUUAUGUAUCUGUAAAUAUAAAUGAAAAGGAACUACUGAUAUUUUAAUAAAUUUAUUUAUAAUUGAUGGAAAACAAUUAAAAUAGUUGAAAUUCAAUUACCAUACAGUUAGAAUUAGACUCAAUGUCUAGUCUAAAUGAACAAUGAAUAUUUACAUACUUAACAUACAAAUUACUGUUAAAUGUAAUUAGCUAGCAAAAAAUAAAAUUUAAACCAAAAUAGAAUUGUUACAUUUGCUUAUAGACGGUGAAGUGCACGGAGAUGUCGUCUGAGGCAAUAAUUUCUAGGUUUUCGAGAUUUUCUUAAUAAAGUGUAUUAUUUGUUUUAUAUAUAUACAUAUUUUUAAUUGCUUUCUAAACUUACCGAAAAGCGAAACGAACAUAUAACUGACUUUUCUGACUCGAGAUCGCUAUGUAAGCUCGCCAGCAUUUUGUUAAAAUCACACAAACGACGUGUCUCCGAUUCUUGACAGUAGCGGCAAUCGAAAGCAAUGAUCGGUGGUAAUCGCUUUCGUUCUAACAUUUAUACUUCGUACUAACCUUGUGAAAACAUAUCUUAUUUGUGUAUUGCCUAGUUCCAGGCAGUACAAAGACUUGUUAUUAUUUUAAAGAACACUUCCUUUUGAUAAAAGUUCGAUUUUAUUACCCAACAUACCAUAUUAGGUAUCGAGGAUGACACAUGAUGAUUAUAGAAAUCAACUUUUCUUAAUUCGUUUCAAAUUCACGCUAAGUUUCCUUCCAAUAACGUCAGGUGUGAGGACAGGAAAAAGUGAUUGGGAGCCAGAUUUACAAAGUCUAAUGUUAUAUAUGGUAAAUUAUUUCGAGUUUCAUAGAAGCUCUUUUAAAUUCUUUUUGUAACACGUGAUGUCCACCUCCUUUGAAGAUAGUUAUUAGUAUAAUUUUCACUAAAGUGUCUUGCAAUAUUCGGGCCGAGUUUUGAGUUUUGAGAUUUUACAUUUUUAUUUUAACGUAUAUUAAUAAUUAUGAACUAAGAAAAAUAUUUAAAACACAGCAACUUCAAUAUCCUUGCAUAUACUGCACUAUAAUCUCCUCUAUACAUAACACUUACAUUUUUGACCAAAUGGUUGUCUCUUGUGCGCUGACAUAAAUAAUUAUCGGUAUACAUUAACGAUAUUUGUUUAAAAUUCUUUAAAAGAUCCCAUAGUUAUCCAUUGAGUACCACCGGAAUAGUGAUUGAUGUGUAUUUGUAUCAAUCUCAAAUAUUUAAGGUCAGCCCCAUAAACUGCAAAAAAAUUAUUUCAACCUCAGCUUGCUUUCAAGGGCCGCAUAUAUUGCAGUAAAUUAAAGGAGAACAUAUUUAUUUAUUUUAAAGUCUUUUAUUUUCCUCUUAAUACCGAAAAAGCAUUAUAUUUACCUUCGUUAAUUGAUUCUGUCUACUUUUUUCCCAAACUUAGCAAGAUAACACGAAAGUUUUUAAAAAUCUGUUUACUCGAGAUCGAUGACAUUUCAGUUGCACUUUGUGAAAUUCUUGGAAAUUUUAAAAACGACAUUUUUGUAAAUAUAUAAUUAGUUAUAUUUUAUUAUAUAUGACAGUAUAUCAUUUUUCAUACAAAAGCGUAUACUUAGUAUAUGUGUAUAUGUAUAGCUAAUAAGAAAUUGAUUACAAUUUAGUAUUAGUGUUAAAAAAUCAAAAUCAAACUCCAUUACUGUUGACUAAUGAAAGAAAGUCUUAAACUUCAACACAAACAUAUCGAACAUUUUAUGAAUUGCCAAAGUUUUUACUAAUAUAAAUAUGCUGAUAGUGAGUAUAAUUACGAAAAUGAUAUUGGGUAGUGUAACAAAAAUUUUUUUGCCACAUAACAAUGUAGUGAAUAAUACAUAUAUUUUUGGAUAAAAAGUUUAUUUUUAAAAUUUUCUUAUGUAUUUGUGAAGAAAUCUAUAUCAAAAUUGAACUUUGUAGAUGCUUUGUGUAUUCUAUGCAAUUAUUUGACUCAAGUAAGAAACUACUUUCAUAAUUUGAUAAGCAAGUUUUCUUUACACCAAUAAAACAUUCCAGGAUAUUUGCCAAAUCAACAGUGAUAAGUAAUAUUACACACAAGCCAACACAAGCAUGCAUAUACAGCAUAUAAGAAAUAAACUAUAUAACAGGCAGAAAAAAUUAAAAAUAAAUCAAUAAAGAAUACUAAUUUGUAAUUUUUUCAUGCAGCCAAUCAAAUCAACAGUGGUGCUCACUUAUGCCAUGCGCCUAAGACACUUCUCUUUGUAAAUUUCUUACAAGACCAACAACAAGAGUAAUAUUGUGUGGUCUUUUAGUUAAAGCAAAAAUGAAAUGUUGUAUCUAACUCAUUUUAACUGUAAAUAUAAGUUUUGUAAUUUAACUUAAAUUUCAUACUUAACAAAUUUUAAAUAACAUACAGACUAAUAUACAUGCAAACAUGAUAUAUAUGUACAUGUAUUUACACGAAUACAUAAACAUUAGUUAGUAGAAGGUAGAGUGUUGUAAAUACGCAAUUGAGGCGUGGCAAUAUAAAAAUUUGUAACCUGCUCCGUAGGGGAGUUUUAAUCGGGAUAAAUAAAUAAUUAACAUGAAAUGAAAAUCCAAAUGUGCGCCAAUCUAACCAAAAAUUACUUCUAAGUACUCGUACAGUCCAAAUUUUCUAUUUAUAAGCCAAUACAUGUCAAAGGAAUAAGGAAACAAAAAUCAAAAUUUCAGAUAUCUUUGAAAAAUUUAACUAAUAUGUCCGAGCUCAAUUAAGCGCUAAACCAAAUAUUAAAAAUAAAAAACAACAACAACAAGCAUAUACAUAAAAUGUGUUUUGAAUAUAAUUAAAUUCCUAAGUAUUCGUAACUGUAAAAUAAAUAUUGUGUAUUUACUUGCAAACUUAACAAAUUAAAUUAACAAUGCCAUAACUAUAUAAAGUAAUAAUAAAAAUCUUAAAAACUAAUUAAAAUGUAUUAUAUGUAGUUAAGUGCGAUAAUUGAUAUAUUGUAAAUAUUUGUCAUUACGACUACUGUAAUUCAAUGUAUGAGCAGGAAAUGUGAAAACAAAAGAAUUAUUAAGUCAAAUGUAAAUUAAAUAAUAAAUAUUUGUUUGACGAACGACC